AUGGGCCACAAAGUGUGGUGUAGAUGCGAUAUUAAAACAGGAUAUUUGUAUGAAUGCGAGAUCUAUACUGGUAAAACUGGACAAGGAACUGAAAUAGGUUUGGAAGCAAACGUUGUAAAGAAUUCAUCAAGAAAAUUAAUCCAAGAAGAAUUUGUGAAACACAUAACAUUUGAUAAGUUAUUCUCUGACACUGCCUUAUUGCAGUACCUAAACGAAAAUGAAUUGACGAACUUGUAUGCCACUGGAACAGUGAGAAGGAAUAGAUGUGACUUACCAUCUUUGGUUAAAAAUAAAAAGAAUCUAAAAUUAGCCAGAGGUGAAUUCAAGUGGAGAAUCAAGAAAGAUGUGGCAUUCAUAAUAUGGUAA